UUGCUGGACCAGUGCACCUUGAACUGUCAGAGUAGAGAGUCCUCCGUCUCUUUUCUUUCCCCCCAUGGAUAAAUACAUUCACUGAAGAUGUCUAACUUUCCGCAUUUACUCCGACACGCGCCCGCAGUCCUCGGACGGUUGUCACGAGGCAGAAGCGCAGAACAGUGCGUCAGUUUGCGUGUUAACGUCAGGUUCCUGCGCGUUAGCUCCGUUGCUAAGCGUUCACCGAGUUUACAACAUGGAGACAGAACCAGCUGCAGGUGCUACUCAAGUUCUGGCGCCACGAGCCCGGUCCGGAUCGGCUGUGCAUCCGGGUUCUGGGGGGACACCGCCGCCUCAGUGCCUCAGCUGAUCUACGGUGGGAAGCUGGACUUCCUGGUGUUUGACUACCUCAGUGAGAUCACCAUGUCACUGCUCACCGCCGCCAAGACCAAGAUGCCUAACAUGGGUUACGCUCCGGACUUCGUCCACGUGGCUCUCGCUCCGUUUAUCAACGACAUCCACAGGAAAGGUAUCCGCGUGGUCAGUAACGCCGGAGGCGUGAACCCUCUGGCGUGUGCCGACGCCAUACGUGACGUCAUCGGGAAGGCCGGCCUCGACCUCAAGGUCGCCGUGGUGACCGGUGAUGACCUCAUGCCUCAUAGAAACAGCCUCUCUGAAGUAAAGAUGGCGGAUGAUGGCAGCAGACAACAUUUACCUAAAACUCUCCACAGUAUGAACGCUUACCUCGGAGCUCUUCCUAUCCGGAGCUGUCUGGACCUCGGGGCUGACAUCGUGGUGACGGGCCGCUGUGUGGACAGUGCCGUAACUCUGGGGCCUCUCAUGCACACCUUUGGAUGGGAAAAGACUGACUAUGACCUGCUGGCAGCUGGGAGUCUUGCAGGUCACCUGAUCGAGUGUGGAGCUCAGAGUACAGGUGGGAUCUUCACCGAUUGGCACAUAGUUCCUGACUGGGACAACAUGGGCUUCCCGGUGGUGGAGUGUUCCAGUGACGGCUCCUUCCUCCUCUCCAAGCCGCCCCGGACCGGCGGCCUGGUGUCCUUGGGCGGGGUGGCGGAGCAGCUGGUGUACGAGAUCGGCGACCCGCGCCGGUACCUGCUGCCAGACGUCACCUGCGACUUCAGCCGCGUCGUCAUCCAGGAAGUGCCAGGUGUGGAAGGAGGAGCUGUGAGAGUGACGGGGGCCAAAGGCUUCGCCCCGUCACAGGACUACAAGGUGUGCGCCACGUACAUGGACGGUUUCAGGGCCACCGCGGUGUGUCCGGUCGGGGGUCCGAGAGCGGCAGAAAAGGCCAGACGGACGGCAGACAGCAUCAUCAAACGGACGAGGCGGAUGCUGCAGCAGUUGAAUCUGGAGGAUUUCAGCUCCGUCAACAUCCAGAUCCUCGGAGCUGAGGACACGUACGGUCCCAACGCUCGCCGCAAGGACUCCAGAGAGGUCGUGGUCUGGAUGGCCGCCCAUCACAAGCAGAAGAAAGCUCUGGAGCUCUUCGCCAGAGAAAUCGCUCCAGCUGGGACCGGCAUGGCGCCCGGACUCACCGGCAUCGUGGGCGGACGACCCAGAGUGUCCCCCGUCCUGAAGCCAUUCUUCUUCCUACACCCAAAAUCUGAGCUGAAGGUGGAGGUGCACGUUGGGGGCCAUCUGGUGGAGUCUUUCGCGGAGGCGGGUCCAGACGCACCUGAGCAGGAAGCCCCGCCCACCUCAGCAGAGGACGAACCGGACGCAGAGCUGCCCAGUGGACCCCACAGCUACCGGCUGGAGGAGCUGGCCUACACCCGGAGCGGAGACAAAGGCGACUCGGCGAACAUCGGAGUGAUCGCUCGUCAUCCCCUCUUCUUCCCCUACCUGAGGAAACACCUGACGGCCUCCGUGGUCGAAGAAUACUUCUCCCAUCUCAUCCGACCGGGGCUGAAUGAUGCCGUCACGCGAUACACACUGCCGGGGAUCCACGGCCUCAACUUCGUACUGCAGAGUUCACUGGGAGGGGGAGGGGUGGCAUCUCUACGCAGCGACCCCCAGGGGAAAGCUUACGGUCAGAUGCUGCUGGACUUAAAGCUGACGGGCCUACCGGACCUCACAACUCUGGUGGACUGAGAGAGAGACAGAUGGAG